AUGGUAUGGCAAAGUUAUGUGUUACCUGUCGGAGGUGGGCUUGCUCUGAUGGGGGUAUGUUACCUGCUGGGACGCAACGACUAUUCAUUCAUAUGGAUUUUGGGAUUGACAUUGCUGAAUGUGGUGAAGUCGUAUAUGUGGAAAAAACGUGAAAAGCGGUUGAUGGCAUUACGGCAAACGGCAGUUCGAGAACGAGAGGUUAUAAUGGCACAGCUACAAGAUCUGCCAGCAUGGGUACAGUUUCCAGAUACAGAACGCGUGGAAUGGAUCAAUAAGGUAAUUCUGCAAUUAUGGCCGUAUAUCGGUGAAUAUACUAAAACUUUCAUGCGUGAGUUCAUCGAGCCUCAAAUAAGAGCCCAAAUGCCAGCCCCGUUCAAAUCUUUCAAAUUCACCAAGAUGGAUAUGGGGGAUAUACCGUGCCGUGUUGGAGGAAUUAAGGUUUAUACGCAUAAUGUUGGACGUGAUCGUAUUCUUGUCGAUAUGGAUGUGGCUUAUGCGGGAGAUUCUGAUUUUUCAGUCACCGUUGCUGGUUUCACCGGUGGCAUGAAUCAA